AUGGGUAAGGAGAAGGCUCACAUCAACAUCGUCGUUAUCGGCCACGUCGAUUCCGGCAAGUCCACCACUACCGGUCACUUGAUCUACAAGUGCGGCGGAAUUGAUAAGAGAACUAUCGAGAAGUUCGAGAAGGAAGCCGCUGAGCUCGGAAAGGGUUCCUUCAAGUACGCAUGGGUUCUUGACAAGCUCAAGGCCGAGCGUGAGCGUGGUAUCACCAUCGAUAUUGCUCUGUGGAAGUUCGAGACCAACGAGUACAAUGUCACCGUCAUUGAUGCUCCCGGUCACCGUGACUUCAUCAAGAACAUGAUUACUGGUACCUCGCAGGCUGACUGCGCCAUUCUCAUCAUUGCCGCCGGUACUGGUGAGUUCGAGGCUGGUAUCUCCAAGGAUGGCCAGACUCGUGAGCACGCUCUGCUCGCUUUCACCCUCGGUGUCAAGCAGCUCAUUGUCGCCAUCAACAAGAUGGACACCACCAAGUGGUCUGAGGCCCGUUACAAGGAGAUCAUCAAGGAGACCUCGUCCUUCAUCAAGAAGGUCGGCUACAACCCCAAGGAGGUCCCCUUCGUCCCCAUCUCCGGUUUCAACGGUGACAACAUGAUCGAGGAGACCACCAACGCUCCUUGGUACAAGGGUUGGGAGAAGGAGGUCAAGGGCGUCAAGAAGGACGGCAAGACCCUCUUCCAGGCCAUCGAUGCCAUCAACCCCCCCAGCCGUCCCACCGACAAGCCCCUGCGUCUUCCCCUCCAGGAUGUCUACAAGAUUGGCGGUAUUGGCACGGUGCCCGUCGGCCGUAUCGAGACCGGUACUCUGAAGCCCGGUAUGGUCGUUACCUUCGCCCCCGCCAACGUCACCACCGAGGUCAAGUCCGUCGAGAUGCACCACCAGCAGCUCCCCGAGGGUUUCCCCGGUGACAACGUUGGUUUCAACGUCAAGAACGUCUCCGUCAAGGAGAUCCGUCGUGGCAACGUUGCCGGUGACUCCAAGAACGACCCUCCCCAGGGUGCCGCUUCCUUCAACGCCCAGGUCAUCGUCCUGAACCACCCCGGUCAGAUCGGUGCCGGUUACGCUCCCGUCCUGGACUGCCACACCGCCCACAUUGCCUGCAAGUUCUCUGAGCUCCUCGAGAAGAUUGACCGACGUACUGGUAAGUCCGUCGAGGCUUCGCCCAAGUUCGUCAAGUCUGGUGAUGCCGCCAUCGUCAAGAUGGUUCCCUCCAAGCCCAUGUGCGUUGAGGCCUUCACCGACUACCCUCCCCUCGGUCGUUUCGCCGUCCGUGACAUGCGUCAGACCGUCGCCGUCGGUGUCAUCAAGUCCGUCGACAAGUCCGCCGCUGCCGGUGGCAAGGUCACCAAGUCCGCCGCCAAGGCUGCCAAGAAAUAA